AGAACCAUAUCAUCCCUUAAUCACCCACCUCUUUCUCGCGGCUGUUUUAUUGAAUUGGCUAAAUAAACUGCAUAAUUUGGCGUGUCAUGGAAAGAAUUAGCACAAGAGUUUCACUAUGUUUGCUAGCUCUGAUGAUGGCUGGUUGUGUUAGAGUAAGCAGUGAUUUUGCACAAGACAAGCGAGAAUGCCAAGAUCAAUUGGCUGGUCUGUCGCCUUGUGUUUCAUUUAUAAGCGAAGAGGAGAAGCAUCCCAGCCCAGUUUGUUGCCUCAGGCUGGGAAAUAACUACGAUCAAAAGCGCAGGUGUUUGUGCAUGCUGGUGAGAGACCGUAAUGAACCAGGUCUUGGCUUCAAAAUCAACGCCACACUUGCACUCGCUCUUCCCUUCAUCUGUCACUUACCAGCUAACGAGACGCAGUGUCUUGAUUUUCUGCACCUGGAUCCUCGGUCACCAGAUGCUCAGAUUUUUCUGCAGUUCUCUAAUUCUUCUGCAAAUAGAACCAAAACUAUUAGUGGCAUAGCAGCUGAUUCUGGAAGUUCAAGCUCGAUAAAUCGUGGAAGGAAAUGGCUUAACUUGGCGAUGCUUGGCGUGGUUUCAGUUUGGCCACUCAUAUCAAGUUUCAUUAGCAAGUAGUUUGUAGGGAAAUUAGAGUGGUGCUGUCUUUGCCCUUUUUCUUCCCCAAAAGAAUGCAAGUGCAGGCGUGUGUGUGGUGUAUUUAUGUGUCUUUUUUGUGAUCACUUGUGAUAAAUAUUAGAAUCAAGGAAUAUGCAAUCUAGUGAAACCAAUGACCUCUUUGAGAAAGACA